AUGACACCUUCCACCCCACCAAGGUCCAGAGGCACUAGGUAUCUCACACAGCCCAGUGGCAAUACUGGUUCCAAUGGAAUAAUGCAACCUCAAAGGACCCCUCAAAAGCCUUCACAGAAUCUGGUCCCUGUUACUCCUUCAACUACCAAGCCCUUCAAAAACGUGCCAUUACUAGCACCUCCCAACGCAAACAUGGGUAUGGCCUCGCCAUUUAAUGGGCUCACUUCACCUCAACGCUCGCCGUUUCCGAAAUCUUCAGUAAAGAGAACUCUAUUUCAAUUUGAAAGUCACGAUAAUGGAAUAGUAAGGGAGGAGCAGGAACCAUUCGACCAUGUAAAUAGAAUACUGUUUCCAAGGCAGCAAGAUGCAGAUAUAGGUGAAGAUGAAGAUGAAGAUGAACAAGUUCUCCUCCCCCCCAGUAGGCCUACUUCUGCUAGGCAGCUACAUUUCCCACUUGAUAGAGGCCAACCUGAUCAGGCGUAUAGAAAGAAGAUUAUUAAAGACGUGCCUGGUACACCCAGCGACAAGGUGAUAACGUUUGAGUUAGCCAAGAAUUGGAACAACGAUUCUCCGCGGAACGACUUCAGUAGUCAAGAGAGUGAAGACGAAGAAGAUGACAUCAUCAAGCCAGUACAGGUGAACAAGAACCCCUUUGUAUCGGAUGAACUGAUUACCCAGGAAAUUAGAAAUGAACGUAAAAGAGCGUUGUUAACGGAGAACCCUGAUAUAGAAGAUGUUGUAACGUAUGUCAAUAAAAAGGGAGAAGUGGUAGAGAAACGAAAGUUAACAGAUGAGGAAAAAAGAAGAUUCAAACCAAAAGCGUUAUUUCAAUCUGGGGAUCGAGAGCAUUAG